GCUCUUGUUGUACCCUUUGCCUGGCAGGCUCACUUAGAUGUCUACUCCAGUUCAAGUUUCUGCUCGAAGAAAACUUCUCAGACACCCAAGGUGGUCAUCACUCCAUCAGUCUCUUCGUUGCUAUUUUAUAUGUGAAAGCACUUACCACCAACUGACAUGUGAAUCCAGUUAUCCUUAUCCUGGUGCAUGAUUCAUGAGUGGACUUAAGGAAGUCUGUGAACCUCCUGAAAUAUUAAGUAAAAUCUAGUGGUCCCAACAAGGGGGAGGUACAUGGAAGGCUGGGGGAGGAAACAAGAUCUUGAGCUGAGCAAGAACAUCCCAGCAUCUUCACUGGACAUCACUGGAGUCUUCUGUGGUUCACUAUUCCAGUGCUACAGAGUCAUUUUUAUCUGUGUCUUUCCAUUGCAGAUCCCUUAUAUUUCAUGGCAGGAGGGGUGGGUAAAUUUAGGGAUAGUGAAGACAACAAAUUAAUCAAGAGCUUUCCUCGUAUCUCAGAACCUGUCAUCAGUAAGAAUGUCAGAUAGGGUUGACUGGCUACAAAGCCAAAAUGGAGUAUGCAAAGUUGAUGUUUAUACUCCUGGAGACAGCCAAGCCCAAGGCUGGAAAAUGUCGGAUGAAUCCUUGUCUAUUUUUAAGGAAGCCUCAACUGAUCCUAUCAGAGUGCUCAGCUGGCUCCGCAGAGACCUGGAAAAAAGUACAGCAGGGUUCCAAGAUGUUAGGUUCAAGCCUGGAGAAUCCUCACUUGGCGGGGAAAUGAGCAACCCAGGAGGAGACCCCCGCAGUGGUUUUUCUGUGGACUAUUACAAUACCACAACCAAGGGCAGUCCAGGAAGAUUGCAUUUUGAGAUGAUGCACAGAGAAAUCCCUGUCCAGGGCCCCAGUGUCCCACUUGGUAAUGGGAGUUCAGUAGAUGAAGUUUCCUUCUAUGCUAAUCGCCUCACAAAUCUAGUCAUAGCCAUGGCCCGCAAGGAGAUCAAUGAGAGGAUAGAUGGCUCUGAAAACAAAUGUGUCCACCAGUCAUUAUACAUAGGAGAUGAGCCCAUACCCAACAAAAGCUUGAGUAAGGUGGCAUCAGAUCUGGUGAACAAGACAGUCUCUACAUGUUCCAAGAAUGCUACCUCAGAUAAGACUCCUGGCUCUGGUGACAGAGCCUCAGGAUUAUUACGGAGUCCCCCACAUUUGAAAUAUAAGACCACUCUGAAGAUGAAGGAGAGCACCAAAGAAAGCAAGGGUCCAGAUGACAAGCCUGCUUCUAAGAAGUCUUUCUUCUAUAAGGAGGUGUUUGAAUCUCGUAACGCAGGUGAUGCCAAAGAGGAUGGAAGGUUACCUGGGGAGAGAAAGAUGUUCAGAGGGCAAGAAAGGCCUGAUGACUUUACAGCUUCUGUUAGUCAAGGGAUAAUGACCUAUGCUAACAGUGUGGUAUCUGAUAUGAUGGUUUCCAUCAUGAAGACACUGAAGAUCCAAGUGAAGGACACAACUAUUGCCACCAUCCUGCUAAAGAAGGUACUGCUCAAGCAUGCAAAAGAGGUCGUCUCAGAUCUCAUUGACUCCUUCAUGAAGAACCUCCACAGUGUCACAGGGACCCUCAUGACUGAUUCAGAUUUUGUCUCAGCUGUGAAAAGAAGUUUAUUCUCUCACGGAAGCCAGAAGGCCACAGAUAUCAUGGAUGCCAUGCUGGGUAAGCUAUACACCGUGAUGUUUGCAAAGAAACCUCCAGAAAUUAUCAGGAAAACCAAAGACAAGUCUGGGAGUUACUCCCUUGUCUCCAUGAAAGGAAUGGGUGACCCUAAAAACCAAAAUGUAAACUUUGCAUCAAUGAAAUCUGAAGGUAAAUUGAGGGAAAAAAUGUACUCUCCCGCAUCCAAACCAGAAAAGAAGACUUGUGCCGAAACUCUGGGUGAACACAUUAUCAAAGAGGGAUUGAGCUUUUGGCAUAAAAAUCAGCAAAAAGAAGGAAAAUCUCCGGGUUUCCAACGGGCAAUGUUUGCAGCUCCCAACAAACAGUAUAAGCCUGUACUAGACAUUCCCCUGGGAUAUCCUCUGGAUACUUGCAACCUCAGCCCCCCUAUGCAAUGCCGAGAGAAACCUGAGAAUUUUAUGUGUGGUUCAGACUCCUUGGCCAAGGACCUGAUCGUAUCAGCCUUACUUCUGAUUCAGUACCACCUGGCACAGGGAGGAAGCAUGGAUGCACAGAGCUUCCUUGAAGCUGCUGGCAGCACCAACCUGCCUGCCAACAAGUCCCCUGAAGUUCCUGAUGAGUCCAGCCUUAAGUCUCCUCAUAUGGGAGGUGACCAAGAUGAAGCAGAAAAGAAGGAUCUAAAGAGUGUUUUCUUUAACUUUAUCCGGAAUUUACUUGGUGAGACCAUUUUCAAGAGUGACCGUAGCUCUGAACCCAAGGUACCAGAACAGCCAGUUAAGGAAGAAUAUAACUACCAGUGUGAAAGACCUGUAACCCCUUCUUCCAUCAAAUUAAGUGAAGGUGAUGAGGCUGGUGGUACCUUUGCUGGGCUGACCAAGAUGGUUGUUAACCAGCUAGAUGGCCACAUGAAUGGGCAGAUGGUAGAAUAUCUGAUGGAUUCAGUGAUGAAGUUAUGUCUCAUUAUUGCCAAGUCCUGUGACUCUCCCUUGGCAGAGCUGGGAGAUGAUAAGUCUGGGGAUGCAAGCAGGCCAACUUCAGCCUUCCCAGAUAAUUUAUAUGAGUGUUUACCAGUCAAGGGCACAGGGACAGCAGAGGCUGUCCUGCAGAAUGCCUAUCAAGCUAUCCAUAAUGAAUUGAGAGGUAUAUCAGGACAGCCCCCUGAAGGGUAUGCAGCACCCAAAGUGAUUGUCAGCAAUCAUAACCUAACUGACACAGUUCAGAACAAGCAACUCCAAGCCGUACUUCAGUGGGUAGCCGCCUCUGAACUCAAUGUCCCUAUUUUGUACUUUGCUGGUGAUGAUGAAGGAAUCCAGGAGAAGCUACUUCAGCUCUCGGCUGCUGCUGUGGACAAAGGACGUAGUGUAGGUGAGGUCCUGCAGUCGGUGCUGCGCUACGAGAAGGAGCGACAGCUGGACGAGGCGGUGGGAAAUGUUACACGGCUGCAGCUGCUGGACUGGCUGAUGGUGAACCUGUGAUCGGCGCCCACCCACUGCUUUCCCUUCUCCCCAUCCCUUCUUACUUCCACAGCUCUCCUCUCCAUAUCCUUACAGAGCCCUAUCAUACCACUCACAUCAAAGACACGUCAUCUUAUGCUAGUCACUGGAUUUUGCAGAUUUUCCCGUCCAUGCAAGCAAGGACACAAAAUUAAAAAAAUUACAAUGGAAGGAC